AGACGACGGGCAUCGAUUAGAGAGCUUUGACUUAGCUUAUUUUACCCCCUAUAAAAGGGGUGUCACCCCUCAUUGUAAUGGACCCAAAUUUUGAAAUCACUAUACUCCUACUUUGCAUUCUCUCUCUCCAAAACUUAUAUUAUUUCAUACUCUCGGUGGUUUAUAGCCAUCAAAUUGGUGCUUUCAUUGAGAGCAGAGGAACAUACUCGUAGGUUAACUCUCGAACGGGAGAAUGGUGCAAACAAGGAGCAACGUCCCCACCACCAGCCACGUCGUUGGCGAGGAGAACGCGUGGGGCAGCAGAAACGGUACGGGCGGCAUCGGCUCGACUCGGGACGCGGUCCAGGCGCUGUUCGGCUUGGGGGUGACCGCGGAGCAGCUCCAGGCAGCCGUUGCGGCACUUUCCGCCAUGGGUGGGAACGUGCCCGGCGCCGGAGUUGGCAAAGCUCCGCCCGGUCUCCAUGCCGAACACGCUACCACUUCCCAACACAAGGGGAAGAAGACCCGGAGGAGUAGAAGGAGGCCCGGAAAGGCCCCGGCGAUCGAGGAGGUGAUUGUGGAGGACGUCCCGGAUGAGGAGGACGAUGAGUCCAGCGAGUGCCGAGUGUCAGCCUUCAGGCGCUUAGGAGGGGAAGAGACCCGGGUGUCGGCCUUCGACAGGCUCGACCGCGGAUCGGAAGUUCGCCCGGGCGACCUCCGCCGACAAAUAGCCGAAGGCAGGCGGAGGCAUGCUGAGGAGUCCGCAACAUCGGAUGCUCGCUCGGCGAGGUCCGAGCGGAGCGGAGAGAGGCGGAAGGAACGCACCCAGCGUCGCCAUAGCCUGACGAGAACUGAGAAGACCAAGGGGUUUCUCGGCUCGCUCAUCAAGGCCUACAACGGAACGACGGAUCCCCAAGAUCAUUUGUCUAAGUUCUAUGCUUCUAUGGAAGCGGCGGCAGCCCCGGGCGAGGUCAAGCGCCGAUGCUUUCUCGCGACGCUGGAGGGCUCCGCGUGCGAUUGGUUCAACCGGCUCCCGAAGGGAACUAUUGACGAUUGGGAUGCGCUAGCGGAGAAGUUCUUGACGCAUUUCGCAGCCAACCGGAGGCAGAGGCUACCUUACUCCCACCUGCUCAACAUCUGCAUCCGCAAAGGAGAGAAGAUCCGCGACUUCAUAACCCGGUGGGAGAAGGAAGCAGGAGACGUGCACGGGGAAUUCGAUGAUGCCCCUGACUCCGAGGCUGCGCCGACCAAGCGAGCUCCCGCAGAUUCAGAGGAGAUAGCGAAGAAGAGGAAGAAGAAGAAAGACUACACUGUGGGCCCGAGGACGCCCUCGGCGGGUGUGUACUCCGUGGGUGCGCCCGUGGGGACGGGUCGAGAGCUGGCCCUCUCCCCGCUCCCACACGUAGAGACCUAUGCGGUGUCCAGCGGCGCCAAGUACUGCGAGUAUCACCGCAACAACACUCACAACACUAAGGAAUGCUUCACUCUUCAGAAGGAGAUGCAGCGACUCAUCGCCCGANGCGCCGACCAAGCGAGCUCCCGCAGAUUCAGAGGAGAUAGCGAAGAAGAGGAAGAAGAAGAAAGACUACACUGUGGGCCCGAGGACGCCCUCGGCGGGUGUGUACUCCGUGGGUGCGCCCGUGGGGACGGGUCGAGAGCUGGCCCUCUCCCCGCUCCCACACGUAGAGACCUAUGCGGUGUCCAGCGGCGCCAAGAAGAGGUGGAAGCACAUGGCCUUCGUCGCCAAGGUCCAACAGGCGCCGACGCCCAAGCUCGGAAGACGAGAGCAAAUCCAAUUCACGGAGAGGAUCUUCCGAACACGCCGAGCCCCCACCGGGAUGCCUUAGUCGUGAGGAUAGAGAUCAACAACGCCAUAGUGCACCGCACCUUGUUGGACACGGGAAGCUCGGUCAACAUAAUGUAUGAGAAGACCUUUCAAGACCUCGGCUUGGACCGCAAGGAUUUAAGGCCCGUGCGCAUUCCUCUCUCCGGGUUCACGGGGGACUCCAUUGAGGCCGAAGGAGUCGUCACCGUGCCCGUGAUAGUAGGGGAUGGUGCGCACAAGGCCAAGUUGAAGAUUGGAGUUCAUGUCCGAGACGAAGGUGGAGCUCAACACCCGGUGUAUUAUACGGCGAAGACGCUGAGGGGUGCCGAGCUCAGAUACUCAGUAGCCGAAAAGACGGUCCUCGCCGUGGUUUCAACCGUGCAGCGUCUAACACCCUACUUCCAAGCUCACCCGGUUCAAGUGCUCUCCCAACAGCCCAUUGGUGCGCUACUCGAGAGCCCGAAUGCGCCCUCGCGCAUGUCCAAGUGGGCGGUGUUCCUUGGAGCUUUCCAGAUCGAAUUCAAGCCAAGGCCGGCGAUCAAGGGCCAAGCGCUAGCUGACUUCAUGGUAGAGUGCACCGCUUGGGAGGAGCCGAGCCCGGAAGAGCCGGAAGCCAAUGACUGGUGGAUAGUUUUUACCGACGGCUCCUCCGCCGCCAAAAACUCGGGGGGUGGAGUGGUAGUCAUCGCUUCCGAAGGCUUCAGAGCAUACUACUCAAUUCGAUUCGGUUUCAAGGCAUCAAACAAUGAAGUGGAAUAUAAAGCGCUCCUGUCGAAGCUGAGCUUGGACACGCCCGAGCAUAUCAGGCGAAUGGCGAACGUGGAAGAGUUGUCCGAGCCAAGCAUCCAUGCCUCCACUGUGGCAAUGAUCUGUCGCUUGUCCAAGAGAUUGGAUGGACGAUAUAGUCGCCUUCCGCCCUCCCGGAUGAUGAAAAAAAGGCCAAGCUGGUCCGGACUAGGGCACCCGGAUACACUUUGGAGGGCGGAAACUAUACAAGCGAGCGUACAUCUUUUCGGUUGAACUCAAUGGAAUGAAGUUUUUGCAAAAAG